AUGACGGAACACGCAGAGGUUCAGCGCCACCGGAAGACGCUCACCCUGAGCUGGGCCAGGAACCACACACAGUGUGUUCAAUUUCACGACCUCUCCACGGAUGUCCGCCUCGCAAACCGCUCUGAAGGCCCCUUGCCAAAUGCGCGCGCCACGUGCUUUAAGGAAUUAAAACCGACAGCCCCGGUACUGCGGAUCCCGCUUUACCGGAAGCCCCGCCCUCACCGGGGCUUGGUCGACAGGAAGUCCCGCUUUGCCUUGGCUCAGACCCUGGAGCUUGCGUCCGACGAAGGACGCGCCCACCAGCCCACAGUUUCUUCGGCUUGGGAUCUCAUACCCAUCAUUCUCUACGCCGCCGACAAACUUCGAAGCCCCCUAGCCAGCGCUCUCUCGGGGCGCGGAGGCGUGGCGUGCACCGUUUCCCCCCGAGAUUGGCUGGCGCUGGCGCUGGCGGCAUUGCCUUCAGAUCCUGUAUAUUUUGAAGUGGCUGCUUCUCAUGAAAAAUUAGGAAGCAUAUCAGAAGCAGAUACUAUGAAUAUCAGCAGUCUUUCUCAAGAAUUAAUUCACGAAAACUCUCCCUUCUACAUGGAAACCAGCAGUACUACUUCAGUCUUGCCUCAGAAUGAAAUAAAGACUUUAAAAAGGGAAAAUGAGUCUAAACUCACACUUUCUGAGGAAAUUUAUAGCACACUAGAUGGUUUGAUAGGUGAUGUGAACAAUGAAAAUUAUUCACAAGAUAUGCUAACUGGGCCCAUUGACACCAGCAUUUCUUCCUUCAGACAAUGUGAACCAAUUUUCAAAUUUCAUCAGACGAAAGCAUUUAAUGAUGAAAUUAUAAUGUUUCAAAACAUGACAGGUGGCAUACCUUACACAGAGAAGCCAGAAGAAAUGCAAAGUCAUGUAUAUAAUUAUGCAAAAGACAACAAUAUAAAGGAAGAUUCAAUUAAGGAAGAAAAUUCAGUGGAAACUAGCACUUCCACAAACGAAGACCAAGUUGCUGAUGAAUGUGUCAGGCAACUUCCUAAAAGCCCACCUGUAAUCCACUGCAGUAGGGAGACACUGAAAUUCACGGACAUGUCACUGGCUAAAAAUUCUGCCCAGGACUCUGCCCUCAACCCUUGUCAACCUGAAAGCUUCUUGUGUAAAGAAUGUGCUUCAGUUUCUUCAGAAGGGAUACAGAAUUCUGGGGAGAUUCCUGAGAUGUCAGUCAGUCACCAAAAGGAAGUCACAGUGGAGGACAUGGAGAGUCUAGGGAUUGUGUCAACUUGUUCUCAUGCAGGCAUUUUUUGGAGUGGUGGAGCAUCUCGGGAGGACAGCAAGACACCUGACACAGAGCAAAGCUUGGAAAGCUUACAACCUCUGGAGGAGGAUAUGGCUUUAAAUGAAGUCUUGCAGAAAUUAAAACAUACUAACAAAAAGCAGCAAACUCUGAUCCAAAACCUACAGUGUACUAACAUGUACUUAGAGAAGAAGGUUGAAGAACUACUGGUGAAGACUAACAAGCAGCACAUGUUUGUUGAUAUCAUAAAUAAGCUAAAGGAGAAUGUCGAAGCAUUAAUUGAAGACAAAUAUAGAGUAAUGAUAGAGAAGAAUGAAACUGACAAGACAUUGCAGAAUUUGCAUGACAUUUUAACUAACACCCAAAAACAUCUUCAGGAAUCUAGAAAAGAAAAGGAAAUCUUACAGGAAGAGCUUAAGAGGAUCAAGGGAAAUUAUGUUUGUCUACAGGAAAGGUACAUAACUGAAAUGCAACAAAAAACCAAAACUGUUAGUCAGUGCAUAGAGAUGGGCAAAGCCUUAAGCAAGAAAGAAGAAGAGGUAGAGAGACUGCAGCAACUCAAAAGAGAAUUGGAAAAUGCCACCAGUUCUGCUUUGGGCUUAUUGAAAAGGGAAAAAGAGACCCGAGAACAAGAGUUCCUGUCUUUACAGGAAGAAUUUCAGAAACAUGAAAAGGAAAACCUGGAAGAAAGACAGAAACUGAAAUGUAGACUUGAGAAAUUAGUAGCGCAAUUUAAAAAUGUGCAAUUCAUGUCUGAAAGUGAAAGGGCCAAGAAUACAAAACUUGAGCAGAAGAUCAACGAAGUAAAAAAUGAAAAUGCAAAACUUCAGCAGCAGGUUGCAAGGAGUGAGGAGCAAAAUUAUGUCCCUAAAUUUGAGAUUGCCCAGUUAAAGGAGCAUUUAGAGGAAGUAAUGAAGUCAAAUAUCACAAAGGAUGCAAAGAUGAUACAUUCUAAUUUGUUCCUGAAUUACUUACCUUGUGAAGAAGAAAGCAUGAAUCCCUCAGACAUGAAAAGGACUUUCCAGCCAGCCUUCAAAAUUCACAAUCUUCUGGCUCUGAUGACAAGAUUUAUCACAUGCCAGGACAUCAGCAAUCUCGAUGCUGAACAUUUCAAAGAGAGUGAGAAAGUUAGUGAUACAAUGCUGCAAAAAUUGAAGAGUUUCCAUCUUAAAAAGAAAAAUUUAGAUGAAGAGCUACAGAAACAUAAAGACAGAAUCACAACUUUUAGGGAGUUAAUUGCUAAUGAAAAAGCAUUUCAAGAUCAGGCUGUUGACGUUACAGACUUCGAUUCAAAUGAAACCAAGAGUGUGAAUUCAAAUGAAGUCAGAGAUGUACCUACCUUAUUGGGAGCCAAACUGGAUAAGUACCACAGUCUAAAUGAAGAGCUUAAUAUCUUGAUUGCAAAACUGGGAAAUCUUCUAGAGUCAAAAGAAGACCACUGCACCAGACUCGUUAAAGAAAAUGACAAGUAUCAAAGACAUUUAGGCAAUUUAAUAAAUAAGAUUACAUCUUAUGAAGAAAUUAUUGAAUGUGCUGAUCAACGGCUCAAGAGAUCUCACUCCCAGAUUGCACAUUUAGAAGAGAGAAAUAAACAUUUGGAAGAUUUAAUUAAGAGGCCCAGAGAUAGAGCCAGAAAAGCAAGACCAAGAAGAUUAGAAAAUCAUCCAAAAUUCAUGACCAUGAUGCCAGAUAUGUUAGAAGGAAAUAAAAAUGAUUUAAACAGGACUGAAGAUUAAACAUUAAUCAUUUUUGUCACC